CGGUCACUCACAGCAUGUCCAACUGUUUAUUCUUGAAUGCUUUUUUAUGUAAAAGUAUGGAGGCAGCAGUGAUCCGACCAACGAGGAGGCACACGAGCAGGUGGAGCUGCAGCCUGUCAGGUGAGACGAUGAUGACUGUAUGUGUGCGAGUUAUUAUUGUAACUAAACUACAUAGUAUAUGCAGACGGUUCUGAGCAGUACUGCUAAUUUUCCUUGCUUGUUGAAUAGCUGUUUUGAGAAGGUACAAGCAUGCAAAUACUCAAACGUCAGUGUAUGAUGCAGACUCAAGGUCCAUGAUCAUAAUAAGAAUAACUUUAUUGAUAUUCCACCUUUGGGACGGAUGUCAAGGGUCGACAAACACAGCAAAGGUAAGGAUUCUUGGAAAUAAAUAAUAGAAAAACAUAAAUUAAGUCAAGCUAAACAGAAAAAAAUCACCUAAAUGCAAAAUACAAGGUCGACAAAAUGAAUGCCAGUCAUUUGAUAAAGCAUUCAGAUAGCGAAAUUAAGUUAUUGCAAUACAGCAUGAUGUAAAAUCGAUCAAUGUGAGCAAAAUUUGACAAUAUCAAAAUCAUAUUAAACAAAAAGAGGCUUAAGAGAUUUGUGAACAGUAAUUUAAAGAUUAACAAGGACAUAAUAACAACUAGACGAAACAAAGGACGCUAAGAGUAGGACAUCUGAAAAAGGCUGGGAACGGAUGAAUAGACAAUGAGCAGUUAAAGGGGAUAUAAUAACAACAGAUACAUUUAAUAUAAAGGUAACGACAUAAAAUUAAGCUUUUAACAACGAGUUGAAGGUAGUGUUUGUAGAUUAAUUCUGAAAAAUAUAUCUCCUCAGGCAUAAAUGACUGAAAAGUGUUGGUGUACGUUUUUACCCACAGGUAUACAUCUAUAAAAUUGUGUCUAAGUAACCUCAACUCAGGACAAAAUCAUGUGAAUGUCUAUUUUUGAGUCCAGCGUUGUCCCACUUUUUCAUGACCUGUAAAAAAAUAAGCUUUUGGUUCCCCGGAAAUGACGUCAGUUCGUGUUCGUCCUUUCCAGAAAAAAUGGCAGCUGUUGACAUCGACGUGCCGGUGGACACUGAAGCCCAAAUCCGUACUCCGGAGGACCUUGAACGGUAAAUAGACAGCUGCCCGUAGUGUUUCGUUUUUCGGUGUAUUUUAAUCUGAAUGGACCGUUUUUUUUCUUCCUAAAAUUGACUGAUGUUAGCUGACAAGGCCCCGGCACAAUGAGGCUGCCGACACGGGGACAAGCUAACCAGGAUAGCCUGACAUGAGGGUCGGUGAAGAAAAGUGAAGCUUUUUGGAGGAAAUAUUACAUUUUAUGAGUUAUUUUAUAAACAGCAGGCGUUUUUCUGUUACACUGACUAUAUAUAUUUAGUUUCGCUUUACCCUCAGUACAUUUACAGUUCUCGUAAAACGAAACCUCUUAGUAUCCACUGGUUAAUAUUGAGCUACAGAUAGAGAAACUUGUUCUUCUUUGAAAUAACAAAGCCAUACAUUUUUAGAUAGACACUUCAAAUAUAACGUAGGAAAUAGGCCUCUUGCAUUAUAGUAGUUCUUCAGCAGCUGGUGUUUUUAUUUUUCUGGAAGAUUCCGUGUGAGGCUGCCAGAGAAACAUACUGCUCACCAGAUAAAGUUUCACAGAUAAGAUAACUCUUCCAACUUACGGACACUUUAGUAAAAAGCUGAGGGGACACACGAGCAAAAAGUGAUUCCUAAGUAACAAAUUUACUAUCAUGAAUCAGUGAUUAUAGCUUAAUGUUCCUUCCGGGAUGAAACAUCCUCAUUGACAGAGCACUUUGCAUGUACCGUCACAUCUGUGACCCCUGUUACAUAAGCCUGCAACACUUUGCUACCAGUCUUUGAUUGUUUUGUUUUUUUCUUUUUACUUAUACUAUUUUUCCAAGUUAAGAUAUUAAAGGGUUUGAAAAAACACAUAUAAUAUCCAGUCAUCAUACCAUUAAAAAAAAAAUGUACUUAAGUAAAAACUUAUAUCUAUUUGUUUUUAUCAUUAUGUCUUAUUACAUUAGAUUAGAAGUAGACUGUUUUGAUCCUUUUGGGUUUCUUUGGAUGAAAUUAAAAUUCCCAAAGUGUCAGCAUCAGAAAAAAAAACAGAAAGCUCCAGUAAGUAAGAAAUAAAAAUGAGAAGCAGGAGAAGAUAACAGUUUCUGAUAGCAUAUGGUGUAUAUUAUUAUAAUUAUUCUUAUUAUUAUGAUUAUUGUUAUUAUAGAUCAAGCUUCAUACUUUUUACCUCCUGAACUGUUUUUUAUGCAGAUGUCAGGCCAUGUCUCUCUAACCAUAUAUCUUAAAUUCUCACACUGUGUGCGCAUCUGUGUGUGUAUGUGAGGGUGGGUGUCUGUCUUUGUUUGUGUGUGUAAGGGUCCAUGGUUGGCUGUGUAAGUGGAAGGGUGGGUUUUAUUGUUGUUAAUUGCAAUUUGAACUGCAUUUUUUUGUCUUAAAAGUGCCAUAAAAAUAAAUUUGAAUUUGAUAAAAAGUAAGAUAUAAAGCCAUAAACAUUUGCACAUUAUUAUUACUAAAACUACUUCUUCAAUUAUUCCAGUCCUCUGUCCUCCUGCUACCCCUCUUCCUCCCCAGAGAGGAGUUGUACAGUCUAAUAGCAUGAGGGACAAAGGGUUUUCAGUCUGUUGGUUCUGCACUUGGAAAGUAGGAGCAGUCUGUCACUGAGCAGGCUCCUUCAGAGGGUGACUGGCAUCGUCCAUAAUAUCCAGUAGUUUGUCCGUAGUCCUCUUAUCUGCCACUGUCACCAGAGAGUCCAGCUUCAUGCAUACCACAGAGCCUGUCUGAUCAGUUUUUUCCAGCCUGGAUGUGUCCUUCUUGACUGUGCUGCAGACCAGUUUCAGUUUGUUGUUUCUUAGUAAAGCCUUAUUUUUAAAAUUGAAGGUAAUGUUAAUUUGUUCAUAAAAAAUCGCAUUUAUUCUUGGUUAAAUGAGAAGAAAUGUUAUUGUUAAUAUAUUUGUCGUCUAUCAUUUUGUGUAGAGUUUGUGGCCUUUGUAUCACCAUGUCACAUUUGAGUCACAGAAUAGUUAAAUUUACUGUUUUUUAAAAACUGUUUGCACCGGGUAGUUCUGAGGGUUAAAAACUGUGCAGGCUGUGCUGUGCCGGGUAGAGCUAAGCAGGGUAAUAAUUUUGGUAAAUGUGCUCUAUAACUCUGGGUAAAAAAAACUAAGUAGUAGUUAAGGCUCAAAGUUUUUGAACAUCACUGUUGCAUGACUCUGAAAUGAUAUUUAGGGGAUCCUGUAAGUGAAAGUUUUCCUGUCUGUCAAAAAUCAAGAACAAGUUUACAAAUUCAGGAAUAAGAACUGCCCCAACUUAGUGCCAGGUUAUGGUCUUCACCCUUAAAACGUAAAUAUUUGUCAGGAUUGUAAGAAAAAUUUGCACUCUUUUUAUUCUGAUGGAAGCAUCCUGUUCUGAUAAGGACUGAUACGUUUGUUCUUUUUUUUGUUUGUAUGUAAAGGCGACAUUAUUUCAGUGUUCAUGUGAAGUUCAGCAAAUAAGGGGUGAAUGUGCUCGAUAAUAGCCAUGACAUGAUGAAAAAAGUUAUCAGGGGGAGAUGUUAGAGCUGCGCCCUGACUGAACUUUUAACUCACUCUUCAGCUUUUUAAUAUGAAAUCACACUGACGAAUGUCUGCCCAGGAAGGCCCUUCAACGCAAGGGUGAAUGAUUGAUUUUAGGUGCAAUAUUUGUCAUAGCUAAUGUUAACAUUCAUACAACAAUUAACAAAUCAAAUAGCCUGAAAAAAUGCAGUUUCUUUUGCUGCCAUAAGCCUGUGAAUGUUGUGUAAGAAAAGAAAAAAAGUCACAGAUGGAGACAGAGGCGGUUAUGAAUGAUAUUUAAUGUUGACCUAGACUUUUGUUCGUGAUGUCUGAGUUGGUGUUUCACACUGGUAUUACAACAUGAAUUCAGAAUGCUUCAGCACAGAGACAACUCUGCAGCACCAGUAUUCAUUUACACCGUACCGCUCAGAGCUUUUUACAGGGUUGCAGCAGGUGAAUUUUACUGCUAAGUUUAGUUCUGGACUGAGUGUACUCUGCUCUCAUGUCCCACUUCCAGGUAGGACAGGCAGAGCGUGUGAAGUCUUGUCCAUGGGGGCAAGAACUCACCAACUCUGUCUCAUUUAUAGGAUAUUCUCUGACAUGAGUUAUGAAAAACAGCUGUUCAGUUAUGCAGUUUUAAAAACAUACAAUGCAUCAUAAAAAUACUUGUUACAUUUGCUCCUUUUUGAGUUAUCUUGACAAGCCAACCUUAACAAGUUGAUGAACUCUGAAUCGUUUUCUCGACACUAAACUUGACCAGAUGAUGUUUUAAAAUACCCAAACCUUCUUCUCAUUCCUAAAGUACCUCAUCCAGCUUGAUGUUAAUGUCUUUUUCCUCUUUUUAUUACAGGCAAGCUGAAGGCUACAAAGAGCAAGGAAAUGUGUUCUACAGCCAAAAAGAUUACUCAGAGGCUUUCAACUACUACACUAAAGCCAUUGGUGAGCUAUCUGUGACCACCGAAUACACUUUAUAGCUGGGAGUUAAUGGAUGGGUAGAUGUACACAGGGAAUGAUUGCACAUAAUCUCCUGUUUAAAAACACUGUUAUUCCUUUUGUGACAUCAAGUCAACAGAAGAAAUACUUACACUAUUUACAGUAAACCUAAAAUCAGCUGCAUCCAUUUCUACUAUUCAAAAACACUCUUUAGGCAUGAGAAAGAUCAAUCUGAGUAUCUGUUGGAAGAUCUGGAUGUUGUAUCUGGAUAUUAAUAUUUAUUGUUGAGUUAUUGUAGACACCUGAUUCAAUGUCUACUUGAACACUGGAGAACAGAAAAUUGUCACUGUCUGCUGGCGUUACAGACUGACUGAGUAACAGAUUAUUCUUAAGAAUUAUCUACGAGAAGUCAACAAGAUGUUAGUCUCUAGUUUUAUUACUCUUAUUUCUUUCCAUGUCCUGGUUUGCCUUUAUGACACAUUCAUUUGUCUUUGUCUCCAGAUGCGAGCCCCAAAAAUGCCAGCUAUUACGGCAACAGGGCAGCCACCCUCAUGAUGCUCUGCCGCUUCAGAGAGGCCCUUGAAGAUUCCCAGCAGGCUGUGCGUCUUGACGACUGUUUCAUGAAGGUCAGUUCGAUCUGUUUCGACAUAAAAAAAAGAAAAAACUGCACCUCCAUUCUAACAGUUUGUGUCAAAGAGCUGUAAAACUUGCAGAACAAAAGAGUGAUGUGUAAGAGUGUGUUCUCAUUUCUUGCAGGGUCACCUACGUGAAGGAAAGUGUCACCUGUCUUUAGGAAAUGCCAUGGCGGCCAGUCGCUGCUUUCAGAAGGUUUUGGAGCUGGAGCCCAGCAACAGAGAGGCCCAGCAGGAGGUGAGGAUCACCUGAGAAUUGCAUCUAAUUGAAUUCCAUGCGAACCACAGUGUUGGAGUCAAAGGCUGGGUCAAAUAUCCAUCAACUUAAACUGAAAGAAGUUCUGAUCGCAGAUUUUUGUGUUUCAGAAUAAGAAUGCGGUUGCUUUACUGGAGUUCGAACGUAUGGCGGAUUUUGGCUUUGAAAAGCGCGAUUUUAGAAAGGUACCUACUUCACCUUUUUUUCCUUCUUUAACUGAUAGUCAUAGUCAUUAUAAAAAUGUAGUCAAAUUUCUGUCUCGUUUGGCUCUUCUCCUGAUCUAGGUGGUGUUCUGUAUGGAUCGGGCCUUGGGUGUUGCCUCUGCCUGCCACCGCUUCAAAAUCCUCAAGGCUGAGUGUCUAGCUCUGCUGGGACGAUACCCAGAGGCCCAGUCUGUAGCAAGGUAAGAACAACGAGUUUUUAUUUAAUUAUUUUGACUCCCUGAAGCAACUUAUCUACUUUGUCUUCAUUUUGUUGUACAAGACUUUGAAUAAAACUAGCAGGCUGUAUUUGCAGAUUUACUAAGUAGAUAACUCAUAAACACUUUCUCUUCCAGUGAUAUCUUGCGAAUGGACUCCACAAAUGCAGAUGCGCUGUACGUUCGAGGCUUGUGUCUCUACUACGAGGACUGCAUUGAUAAAGCUGUGCAGUUCUUUGUCCAGGCUCUACGCAUGGCACCUGACCACGAAAAGGCCCGGCUAGCCUGCAGGGUAACUCUCAUUAUCUCUUCCUAAACCAACAACUGUUUUUACAUCUGCGUUGGACGGAUGAAAAACAGAACAAACAGACACCUAAAUAAAAAACUAAUUAUUCCUGAGCUUGUAAUCAGCUGUAGUGGUCGACUCAUGUCACUGUUUCAACAGCCAAUGCCGAUAUAAUGCAGACUGUCAAAAUGCCAUUAAUCAGCUGGGAUGUCGUGUCUGUCUUUUAAUUGAAUUGUAGGAAUGACAGAAUGCACAUUUACCAAUGUCCAAUAUGUUCAGAGCUCAAACAACCUAUGUCUAAAGACAGCAGAUGGAGUUUUUAACACUAUGAAACAGCAAACGUUGUUAAGUAAGGGCGCAUGCACACAUAGACAAACAAUGCAAAUCCGCUUCUCGUCUCUUAGAAAACAGGAACAGCUUGUGUUAACAGAAGUUGUACAGAAGACUGCUAGCAAGCAAAAAAAAAACAUUGUCAAUAAUACUAAUUUAGAAUUCAGACAGAAAUUGUUUGUGAAACUUCUCUGGUAAGAAACUCUUGAUUUCAACAAAACCUUCAUUCAUUUACGAGAUUAGUCAGAUUUUGAACCAUGGACUGAAAAACAGAAAUUCAGAGAUGACAAGAGCGCUUAAUACAGUUUUUAAGACAUACAGAAAUAUUCAGUUAUUCAGAUUCCACCAUGUUAUUGUACAUAUUUUAACCAUGAGGAUUUUCUCUCGUUUGAUUCAGAAUGCAAAAGCCUUGAAAGCCAAGAAAGACGAGGGCAACCAAGCAUUCAAGAACAACAACUACGAAGCGGCAUACCAGCUGUACACAGAGGCCCUGACGAUAGACCCCAACAACAUCAAGACCAACGCUAAACUCUACUGCAACAGAGCCACAGCAGGAGCGAAGGUGAAAAAAAAAGCAACCAAGGCCUUGUGCUUUUUUUUUGUUAAAAAUGUGCUCUUCUUCACAACUUCUGGCUGAGUUGUAGAGACUAACUGUCUUCAAUCCUGCCUCAUUUACAGCUGAAUAAAGUGAAUCAAGCUAUAGAAGACUGCACAAGUGCGAUCAAACUGGACGAUACUUACAUCAAGGCCUACUUAAGAAGAGCUCAAUGGUACGCCGUACAAUCAGUAUGACUACUCUUACCCUGUUAAUGAGCAUUGUGCAGUUUUUAAUGUUUUUGAUUUAUCCACAGUUACAUGAACACAGAGCAGUACGAAGAGGCAGUGCGGGAUUAUGAAAAAGUGUACCAGACAGAAAAAACUUCAGGUAAACUGCGUGUUUGUUUAUUUGCAUUUAUACCAGAUAUGAAUGCUCUUCUGUUUUUUUUUAAAUUCAUUUUUCCCCCUAGAUCACAAACACCUGCUGAAGACGGCACAGCUGGAGCUAAAGAAGAGCAAAAGGAAAGAUUACUAUAAGGUGCUCGGGGUCGGUAAGAACGCCACCGACGACGAGAUCAAAAAAGCGUAUCGCAAACGGGCCCUCAUGCACCACCCAGGUGGGUAUCGCCCCAGGUCCUAAAACAGACAUGCAGUAUACUACUUUGAUAGUUCCUUAAGUAAUUUCCUGGUAUACCUGUGGUCUGCAGAUCGUCACAGUGCAGCAACUCCUGAAGUGCAGAAGGAGGAGGAAAAGAAGUUUAAGGAGGUGGGGGAGGCUUUUACUGUGCUCUCUGACCCAAAGAAGAAGGUCCGCUAUGACAACGGACACGACCUGGAUGAUGACGGCUGCUUUGAUGGUCGAGGUAAGAACAUCUGGGCUCAGCUAACAUACAGGCCUUAUUCAUGGUUUAUUAACCAUUCUUACAGCUUAAAAGGGUAUUCCGGCGUAAAAUUAAUUUAGGGUCAAACACACCGUAACACCAAGUUAGACACCCCAUCGUGAGAUGAAUGUUGCUGACCACUUGAUUCUUUAGUUUUACCAACUUUAGUAACGAUAGCAAUACACAGCGGUCUGAGAAGCCAUAAACAAACCUCAACCAAAACGCUUCUCUAUAGCCACAAAUAAUGCUCAGAACAGCACCUAACUUCAUCAACAGUACAUAUAGGGUCCCAGCCACAGCACUAGCCUCCAAACAUCUUUUUAGCUUUGCCCAAUUUCUUUAGCAAAGAGACUAAACACAACUCACCUACUCUCUUCCAGCAUCCGCUUGUUUGUAGCGAGACCUCAGGUCAGUCCGUUACGGACUGCUGCGGGGUGACACAGCUCAAGGAGGAACAUUUUUGAUCAUUAAACUAAAGUUGGUAUAACUAGAGAAGCAAACAGUCGGCAACAUUCAUCUUUAGACGAGGUUGUCUAACUUGGUGUUACGGUGUGUUUGAUCCUUAACUAAUUUUACACCAGAAUAUCCCUUUAAGUCUGGAGGAAAAGUUGUCAAUGGUGAAAUUAGUGAUGGAUCUUAAGAUACAGCAAAAACUUUUGGACCAAAGAAAUAAAUAACACAGCACUGUCAUUUGACACACCUGAACUAGACACAAAAAACUAUUUAAAAAAAAAAGUAAGCAUGUGGUAAAUGCAGCAUGUCUGCAUGCUAGCUGUGAGGUUUCCUGCCACAAGGGGGCGCCAGAGGUCCUCAAGUUUUCCUCAAGCACUCAAUGUAGAGUCUUCCAAGAGUAAUGCCCACGUACCUAGGCUAUACUGAAGUCAGCAUGUAAGAUUGGUUGUCAUCGAUGAAGCUGAGGAGGUGUGUUUGUCUCAAAUCUUUCACUCUGAAGAUUCUAAAACAGUGUCCAUCAGUAGUUUAGUAUGAUUAAAUAUGAGUCUGCUCAUAGCGUCAAUGAUUUAUUACAUGAGAAGUUGCUCUUUUCUGUGCUUGAAUUUGCUGAAUUCUCCAAACUUAUUUAGAUGAUUAUUUACAAACUAGAUUAAUUGAGGUUACAAGCUGCACUCAGGAAACCAUCAUUUGCAUCAUGACUUCAUGACCUACAAAACCAGUGUGGGUCUAAACUUCCUGUUUUAUUAAUCAUCCCACACACAGUCGAUCUAUAUUUCAGCCUGUGUAAACAGUCAAAACAAAACUGAGCUUUUCCCCAUGCUUAUUGUAACCUACAGUUUCUUUUCAAGUCAAGCACUACACUGAAACCAGAAAAACCCAGUUUCCCUUUGAACACUUCCUGUGUCUCUGUUAAAAGCACCAAUACUCUCUGUAUGGCGAGUGUGUUGAACACCUUGAUCUGCCUCCUUACUCUGUUUGGUUUAAAGAUUUUGGUUUAAGUUUCUUUUUUGCAUUUCCCCCCUCUCUAGAUUUCGAUGCAAACAACAUCUUCAGGGCUUUCUUCGGCGGUGGAGGAGGAGGAGGAUUUAGUUUUGAUUCCAGUCCAGGUAUGUUUUCAUUUUACUAGUGUGGACUUUCUUCAGAUCGUAGAAAACUAGAAGAUUCAACCUUUGAAAGUGAAUCUUAUUUACUGUCUUGUGUUUUUCUUUCCAAGAUAAUGGACCUGGGAAUUUCUUUUUCCAAUUCGGCUAAAGGAGAGCAUGCAGAAAACUGAAGCCCUGCAGCUGACUCAACCAAGCUGGACCCAGUCACCUCCAGAUGCUCCAACUCCUGAGUAUCACACAAAAAUAUCCCUACCUGUCUUUUUAUAAGAGGUUUUUUGAGUACUGCAUUCACUCCCAAAUUUACUCCGUUUAUUUUGUUGCUAAAAACACUGGGAAAAUGUUCAAAGGUUUCAGUAAUGAGCUAAAGUUAUUCGUAACAUGUUGAUACAGAAUCUUUUUGAAGAUCAGCUGAUAAGAAUGUGCCCCCUUUGCCAAAAUCAAAAUGCAGUUAAAUGAAGUCUUGUACAACUGGUUCAACAUUCAUUGAAGUGAUCAGUGGUUCUAACUGUAAGCCUCAUCUAGGCAGAUAAAGAGCCAGAGUCUCGAAUUAAAUGUCAAAAACUGACCUCAGGACAGUCUGUUUAGGACAACUCUAGCCACUUACAAUUGUGUCCAGGUUUUAUUGGCUCACUUGCCAAAUUGACUUUGCAGGGUUUUGUUGUUCCUUCACCAUUUGUCUGUGCUGCAUUGUAUAUUUGACAUGAAUGUAAAUCAUUUUGUGUCUAUAAAUUUUUUUCCAGUCCUCUCUUUGUCUAUUUAUAUUUAUUGUACUGUAUAUGGUGUAUUAUAUACAGAAGAAUGCCAGUGUCCAUUGUCUUCCUCUCUCUUUUUUUGCAAGCUUCAUUUGUUCAUGUUUUCACAUCUCCCCCUUUACUCUCAGAUUGUUGAAGUCUUCUUUAUCAGAGAAAGGCCAAAACCAGUUUUUACACACCUGCAGAUGAUGUUUCUUUUCUUACAAACGCGGACCACUCAUCUGUCCUACUGACCCAUUCAAAUUCAAGUGGUGCCUUAUCAGAGUAAGCAGAUCAAACUUGACCCUCUUGAAAAGCUGCAGAGCGAGCAGCGUCCUGUUUGCAAAAGGCAACAGUGAACCUGUAUAACAAGUUUUUGUGUUCUCUUUUAUAGAAUAACCUUUGUGAGAUCUGGCUAGUAUGCAAAAUUUGAUUUAAAUCCUUCAUACCCUGAAUAUCAAAGACUUAAUUUCAUGCUAUUGAUCACACCAAGUCAUCCUCCACCUAUACCUGUCAUGCAUGUUCUGUCAGUACAACCCUUCCCCUACCUGUUCCACCUGUUUUAAAGGGGCGCUGAAAGUAGGUUGGAAGCUUCUGUUAAUUGUUCUCUCACUGAUCUGUGUAUUAUUUUUUAAAACGUGUCACAGUAUUAACAAGACAUGCUUUUCUUAAUGCAACAAUAAAGGCUCCUCUUUUAAUGUAAUGCCAGACUUUUGUCUUUUAAUUCAUCUGUGGCUUGACUAAAGUCUGUUUAAAUCUUUUACCAAACUAUGAAGUCAAGUUUACCAAGAUGAAGUGCUGCUUAAACUCGGCUUUGACUAUUUUUUACACAUCCAUGACAUCCACACAAAUUACAGUACACCUAGUUCAUUAGAUAUUUAAGCCUGUUUAACAUAAAAAUAGGUUCACUAAACAGUGGUUCUUAACUGGUGGGUCACGGACACAGUCUGAAUGGGUCAUGAACAGCUGGUCAAAAAAGUAUAUAUUUAAUGCGCAUCUGAUGUUUGACAUGUAUUUUAUUUUGACAGGCACGCGUUAUGUCGUGGUCCUUCUUCGGUUUCUUAUUAAUGUGGCCUGAAUGCAGUAAAAUACGUGUUUUUUUAUGGUCUUUAUUUUGUGCAAUUUGAUAUUUAUUCACUUUUCUCCGUGCUGUUGCAUGGUUUUCCCCAGGUUAUGUGAAUAUGCUCUGAAUGCAGAAAUGCAAAUAAGUUUUAAAAAAAAAUCAUUUUGCAGGUCUCCAUUUUGUUCAAUUUGAUAUUUUCUGUACAUGCAACUUCAGUAGUUGUCGUCCUCAGUUCAUGUGCUCUGAAACGCACUUCACUCAAUAAAAUGGGUGUAUUAAUGUUAAA